AUUAAAGUUCACUGAGAUAAUGAGCUGAAAACAAGCUUUAAUUAUCUGUGUGGAUUCUUAUCUGACAGAAACAUACACACGAGUGUGAUUGGAAGUCAGCUUUAGUACACUUGUACUGAUAGGCAAGAUUAUUAUGAGGGAGUUUUAUCAGGUUUAGCAUUUGAAAAGUAAUUGUGGAGCAUAACCAAGGUGCUGCUCUGAAAACCACAGACAAGGACACUCAGUCAUUGGAAGUCUUUGGAAGAAGGCCUGUAGGCAAUUUUGCCUUUCCAGCUUUGCACGCCAGCACCUUUUCCACAAAGAGAGAGAGGGAGUGACAUUUUUCUGUAAUCUUAGAAUGAUGAACCAUCUUAAGCUCUUUUUACUGUCAUGUAUGCUAUGUGUGUCGGCUGUCAGUGGAGAGUCACAACCACGCAGUUACCAAAACUGGAAAAGAGCCCUGGCAGUCAUGGCUGAUGUAGGGGCAUAUAAUGAAUCUCUGUGGCCUGUCAUUUAUGAAGAAAGAGAAGAGGAACUGGAAACUUGUCAAUUGACAGUUGACCCAGAAGCUGCUGAUGAGUGCUCGAACCCUGACAGUUGGUUUGGAAGUUGGCUGCGAUGGUGCCCCACGUCCCUCAGCCUGCUACGAGAGGCAGAGAAGAUGCUGCUGUCAAACCUAAAAAGCCUGUACAGAGGACGUUAUGUGAACGUGGGCUGCACAGUCGGCACAGAGGACUCGCACAUCUGGACUCUGAGCUUUAAUGAAGAGUCGCCCAAAAUCCCCCUGGUGCUUCUGCAUGGCUUUGGCUCAGGGGUUGGCUUGUGGUGCCUCAACUAUGAUGCAUUGGCAGCCAAUAGACCUGUCUAUGCCAUUGAUAUCGUUGGUUUCGGCCGCAGUUCCCGACCACAGUUUACGCGAGAUCCCCUGGAGGCCGAGAGGGAGUUCAUCACGACCAUCGAAGCGUGGAGAGAGAAGAUGAACCUGGAAAAGUUCAUUCUGUUGGGUCAUUCCUUCGGUGGUUUUCUGGCUGCCUCCUACGCCAUCAAACAUCCUGAAAGGAUUUCCCACCUCAUCCUGGCUGACCCCUGGGGAUUCCCUGAGCGGCCCUUGGAUGUUGGCAGAAACUCAACCAUUCCACUGUGGGUGCGAGCCAUUGGUGCCAUUCUUCAACCCUUCAACCCACUCUUCAUUGUCAGAACAGCUGGUCCAUGGGGUCCCAAGUUGCUCCAGAAAGCCAGGCCAGAUCUCAUCCGCAAGUUCUCGGGUGUGGUGAAAGAUUCGGAAGAAGUGAUUCCAAAUUACCUGUACCACUGCAAUGCUCAGAAUCCAACGGGUGAGUCUGCUUUCCACGCCCUCAUGGCUGGCUUUGGUUGGGCGAAGUAUCCGAUGAUCCACCGAAUGGACUCGCUGAGGAAGGAAGUCCCAAUCACCCUGAUCUAUGGCUCGAGGUCUUGGGUGGAUCGGGAUCCUGGCUUCCAGAUCAAGUACACAAGGCAGGACUCAUACGUCGAUGUGGUGGUUAUCAAAGGUGCAGGUCACCAUGUGUACGCAGACAGAGCCGAGGUGUUUAAUGAGCUUGUGAAUUACAUUGGAGACAAUGUAGACAAUGGUACGCUGCCCAAGAAAAUGAGCAUGAACCCAGAUUUAGUUGAAGGGGAGGAGGCCAGAAAUGCAGGUGUCACCUUGACCAACAUGCUGAACGUUCGCAAUGAUAACAUGCAAGACUCGACAGAAGCGGCAAUGAAGGACAUUGAAUAUCCAGAGGAAAGUGAGAAUGAUGUGUGAGGAAAGGAAAUCCUAGGUUGAUUUAGAAAAUUGUCAGACAGCACCAAAAAGAAGCUGGAUGCAUGAAUUGAGGUUCAUAUUAUAAUAUUGAGAUAUUAUGCAAAUAUUAGUGCUGAAGUUAUAAACAAUUCUUGAGGAAAAGAAAUCAAGUUUCAAGUGGUUGUAAAAGGACUAACAUUGGCUAUUUUAAUCAUAAACUAAUAUUUCUGUAUCAUACCAUUCCUUUCCAUGUUUUCAAGAUUUCGUGAUCCACUUUUACAAUUUUUUUUCUCUAGUUUUAUUCUUGAAGCUAUAGGAAAAGAAUGUUUACAGAUGCAAAGAAGAUUAGUGUUAAUAACAAUAUUUUAGGCCAGUCAAGAGUGAUGGGAACCUAUAGAAACCCUGCAAGUUGUGUAAUUUUCCUACAGUCAAAGAGUCCACGAAAGGGAUGCCUUCACCUUCUUUGUUUUGAUGUUUACAGCAGCCUGUCUUUGAGGAGAGAGCCUGUGCAUUUGUGUCAGUUCUUCCUUUUUUUUUCUAAAAUGGAUUUACUCUUCCUUUAUUUUGUUUAGAAAAUAUUACCA